AUCAAAAAUCACCUGUGCACGAUGUUCGUUCCCAGAACAGUGAAGCGAAAGUUACCCCAUGCUGUGCCGGCAGAACUACCUCCAAGGGCUUUACAGCCCAUUUCCACAGGCUCAGUAGCUGCGCAGCCCGAGUCUUCUAACCCUGCCGAUACCUCCUCGAAACACCCUCCAAGAGCUCCUACUGGCCCUGUGCAACAGCCCAAAAAGGGUCCAAAUUACUCCGAAGAAGACCUGGCAUGGAAACACAUCGUGGCAUUAGAGAUGCUUUUCGCUCCGUCUUCAAGUGUCCGCUUCGCCGCCAAAUCCAUCGACGGAUCAUCCGGCUGGAUCCACCUGUCGCACAUCAUCUCACAUCGGUCAAUCAGCAACCUACGACCUUCACCAUCACAGAUAGCAUUAGCCACUGCAUUGCGAACAAUACCAUCAGCAUUAAUCGAGUUGUCGGCUGACGGAUAUCAUGUACGCCAACGAGAGUUGCCAUUCAACCCACUGAUUGGGACAGAUGACGAGAUGACUAUCUACGUCGAGCCAGUUCCAGCGAAGCUUACGGACGAUGCCCUAGACGUCGCUGUCGCACUACGGAAGGAGAUGAGCGCGGAGGAUCCGUGUCUGCCGAUACAGCGUGUCUUUGGUCUAGGACGAGGAUACGCGCUUGUACUGCUAUCAUCAAUCGUGGACGAGAGUACUGUGAAGAAUAUCAAGAUGCCGAUGACAUGGAUGGUUCUGACGAAAGCCGAACACGAUCGUCGUGAUGUAGAAUAUCAACGACUCAUUCAAUCGGAUUACGAUGCUCUUCGCCGACGUAGACGCGUAUCUCCAGAACCUCGGAGACGAGAAGAAGGACGCCUAACUCCACCAAGAGAGGUCGGACGUCUAACACCACCACCUUUGCCCUCCCUACCACCAAAGUCAAGACCAGCAUCAACAUCGACACCGACGCCGUACGAGAAGGGCUUAAUCUUACACCUCUCACAUCUGCAUGAGGAGACCAACAAACCUACCAUUCAAUCAUUCCUCGCUCAAGUCGCCAAUCGGCAGCAAUACUUCGACAAGAACCCUUCUGCCCAACUCGAAUAUGACGGAGCACCAAUCGAAGACGCCACAGAUACAAAUCUAGUUCACGUCCAAUACGUCGACUACACCAAACCCUCAGACACAGCCUACGUCCGUCUCUCUACCCCCGCCGAAGCAAUACUCCUCGCUCGAGCACUAACCUUCCAACAUCGCGUAAUGAGAGCAAAAGACGACUGUAAAGGAACUUCGGUCGGCGAGAAUUCGGAAAGGAAGUAUGUCGUGGGAAAUGUGCUCGAAGGUGAACGGGAACGGAUAUAUUGGGAGAUGCUGGAGGAUGCGAAGACGAAGGGGAAGAGGAAGAGGAAGGCUGGGGAUCAAGACAGGAGUAGGGCGGUUGAGUCUGUGGGUGAGGUGCAGCAGCUGGUUGUGAACAAGGCGAAGGGAACACACAUGAAGUUCGACUGACGGCAUCUGAGUUAAUUGCGAUAUAUGACGGACCGUGGGAAAUUCGCCGCACGGGUAGGGGAAUGCAUGUAUCGGGAAAACUGAGAGUGACCGGAUACGAUAGCGGUUCGUUGGGUAGUUUCAAGUAAUUGCAACCUGUAUCACUGAG